AUGUUCACCAAGUCUCUUCUUCUCCUCUGCGCCACGGCCGCCUCAGUCGUUGCAACAAACAACCUCAACUUUAUCUACUCGACCUCCUCCUACGACGAUAUCGGCGGCGACGGCAGCGGUUACUCCACCGGCUUCACCAUCAAGGACACGAGCGGUAACACGCUGUGGCACAGGUCGGACCCCGACGGCUACGCUCCGUGUAUGGAAGACAGCGAGAAAUUCACCAUGACGUCCGACUGCUGGACCGGCACCUGGACCUUUGGUUGCGAGUCCAAAUUCGAUGGCAAACCCAAAUUGUGCGCCGCCUAUAGCCCCGAUGACGUCAAGUACUCGGGCAAGGUGGACUCCAGUGAGGAUUUCAUUGGAAUCAGCGCUGGCUCCGAGGGUACUUGCGGUGGAAGCUUCUAUGCGGCGGGGGAAACUUGCACCAAGGAUAGCACGUUCAAGGUCACCGGCCGUUACAGGGGUAAUCUUCGGGAUUAA